UCUCUAAUGGCGGCUGAAGAGGGAGAGAAGAAGAAGAUUGAAAUUUACCCUUCAUCAUCGUCGUCUGCAGCAAGACAAGUUACCCCUUUUUGGAAAGAGAAGUAUGAGAGGGACGCGAAGAAAUACUGGGAUGUAUUCUACAGGCGCCACAAGGACAAGUUCUUCAAGGAUCGGCAUUACUUUGACAAGGAAUGGGGAAACUAUUUCAAGGCUCAAGAGGGAGAAAAGCUGGUGAUUCUGGAGGUUGGUUGCGGUGCUGGAAACUCUAUUUUCCCUCUAGUUUCAACAUACCCAGACAUGUUUGUCCAUGCUUGUGAUUUCUCACCACGUGCAAUUGAUCUCGUCAAGGCACACAAGGACUUCUCAAGCAAUCAGAUCAAUCCUUUUGUUUGUGAUCUCACAGUGCAAAAUCUUAGUGAUGUGAUACAACCCUCAUCGGUGGAUAUAGUGACCAUGGUUUUCGUGUUGUCUGCAGUAUCUCCAGAAAAGAUGCCUCUAGUUUUACAGAAUAUAAGAAAAGUUCUCAAGCCGAAUGGUCGUGUGCUUCUCAGGGAUUAUGCCACUGGAGAUCUUGCACAGGCUAGGCUCACAUCCAAGGAGCAAGAAAUCAGCGAUAACUUUUAUGUCAGAGGUGAUGGAACUAGGGCAUAUUACUUCUCUGAAGAUUUUUUGUCAAAUUUGUUCAUAGAAAAUGGAUUUGAUGUCGAAGAAGUUGGCAUUUGCGACAAACAAGUGGAAAAUCGGUCUCUGGAAUUAGUCAUGAAGAGACGUUGGAUUCAAGCUGUCUUCUCUCUCCGGUUGAAUGCUUCAAACUUUGCUGAAAAGCUCGAUCAAGAAGCAAAUGGUCAUGUGAUCAACAAGAAUGCUUCUGAAAACCCUGCAAAUAAUCCUGAAAUUGAUUUAUCCGAAAGUAUAAUUCAGAUAUUUGAUGUUUCUCUGCCUAUUGAUGAGGUUACUGAGAUCAAAGUGAGAGGCCACGCCUUCAGGAUAAAAGCACUCCCCAGAGAAUAUCAGCACACAUGCAAAUCGACGGGCCUAAUGCUGUGGGAAUCUGCUCGCUUCAUGUGUAAUCUAUUGGCAGAAAACCCUUCUGUUACUUCAGGAAAAAGAGUACUAGAGCUCGGUUGUGGCUCCACUGGCAUCUGCUCGAUGAUAUCUGUAGCCUUUGCCGAACUCGUUGUAUGUACUGAUGGAGAUGUGAAGGCUUUAAAGCUCUUACAUGAAAACAUUAUGUUAAAUGCCAAUCCAGGGCUAAUUCAGAAAAUGGUUAUCAAGAAAUUAAUGUGGGGAAACAAGGAGGAUAUCAUGACCAUCAGAGAGCUCGGAGAUUUUAAUCUGAUCAUUGGAACAGAUGUAACCUACUAUGCUGAAGCUAUAUCUCCUCUGUUUGAGACUGCAAGUGCUUUAAUAGCAAAUAAUGAUACAGAGACGAGAUCAGGUCUCAUUCUGUGUCACAUGCAGAGGCGAGUUGAUGAAGAUUGUAUACUCUCAGCUGCAGCGGAAUUUGGAUUCAAGCUAGUUGAUAAAUGGAUCAACGGGAUUAACCCGAACGUCGGUAUCAUCUGCUCUUGGUUCUCAAAUGUUGCUUGGAUGAACGAGUUUAAGAAUGUACCCUUGUGUAUCUUGUAUUUUGAAGUGGGAGCAUGAGUACCUUGGGUAUUUCUUUGUUGGUGCUUCAUGGAUUCCUGUACCGUGUUAGAGAUUUAUUUCAACUCCUUGUUUCCUACAGUUUCUUGAUUGAGAAGGUUUUGAAGCGACUAAAUUAUCUGAUUGAAUUAAACAAGGUCAUGAAUGUACUAGUUACCCUACCAUCUGAAACAUUGGCCAGUCGUUA